AUGUUGGAGAUUGGCUGGAAGUACACAAAUGCGUGGCUAGUUGGGAACCUGUUCUGCAAGCUACUGCUGGUGGUGCGAGCCUUCGGGCUCUACCUGUCUUCCAACAUCCUCGUCUGCAUCUCUAUAGAUAGGUUCUUCGCGGUACUAUACCCAUUACGGCUGCCGGUGGCGCGGCGGCGCAGCAAGCAGAUGCUAUACUGCGCGUGGGCAGCCGCGCUCGCUUGCAGCCUGCCGCAGAGUAUCGUGUUCCGAGUGAAGCGACACCCUCGCGUGGCAGGCUUCGAGCAGUGCGUCUCAUUCGACGCGUUCCGCAGCGAGCGGCAAGAGGUGGCCUACACCGUGUUCUGCCUCUGUGCCAUGUACUUCGUGCCUCUGGUGGUCAUCACCGUCUGCUACGUGUGCAUCUUCUGCGAGAUCCGGAGGAGCAGUAAAGAGCUGGAUGAGAAGUGCCCGGCGCGCAGCGGCAUCGCUCACGUGCGCCUGCGCCGCUCGGGCCGCCGCGUGCUGGAGCGCGCGCGACGCCGCACGCUGCGCAUGACCGUCACCAUCGUCGCCGUGUUCGCGCUGUGCUGGCUGCCGUACGCUACCAUGGCCAUGUGGUAUGUGACACUUCAUAUUCACUAA